CCGGACAUUCCAACAAAUUUAGUAUUUCCGCACCGCGAUCGAGACUAGAUCGGGUCCAAGAUCUCUGUCCCUCUCCCCAUCUUGAGUGAUGCGAUCGUCUCCGAGAAGAAUUUCGCGCUCGAUUUCCCACUUCCGGUGGCGCUGGUGAUGGAGCAUUCGGUCUCGCAUUCGACUGCAGAGAUUUUUGCAAUUUAAUGGGCAGAGGAUCGAAAUCUUGGUCUUGACAUGGGAUUUUCUUUAUUUAAUAAGGAGGAUUGUGUUCGUUUUAAUGGGUUGAUAAUCUGGAUUUGGAAAGAUUUUGGAUGCUAUUUGGAAGGGGAGGGAUGCAUAGCUUUGCUCUUGAUCUCGUUUCCGCCUCUUAAAUUCUAGGGUUCAUGGGAUUGUGGCCUGAUAUCUAGUAGCUUGAUUGCUUAGAGGGGAUCAAUUGGAGAAGCUCUUCAUGUAAUUUUUGUUUCAGAUGAAAGACGAGGGCUUAGGAUUCUGAGUGCUUCGGUGUUUUGGCGAUGGCUGGCGCAAGCUCUUUUAAUAGAUCCAACAGCAACAGCAGGACAGCCCUCCUCUUCGAUGAUUUAAGAAAAGUCUGCAAGAUCAGUGGAAUUGAUGCCGAGUCCUCAAAGGACGAAGCAUCCCUUCAAAGGGAUAUGGAGGCGAUGAGUGUCUCCGAAGGAAGGAAAAAGAGGAAUGGUCAUGGAGGAUGCAGUAGGGAGGAGGGGGUGAACUCGGGUCCUGGCCCCUCUGGAUGCCUCAACCUUUAUGUGAAGGGUGGUGGAUGUCGAGUCUGUGCUUGCGAGGAGUUUGAUGCAGAUGGGAAGAGGAGAUCGAGUACCAUGGAUGAAUGCAUGCCGCAUAAAAUGGCGAUGGGGGUUGAGAGAACUGGAGUCGAAUGCUUCUCCCAUGGUGUGAGGCUUUGGAAGAAAAGCCUGCAAAAGGGAAAAGCGAUCGAGCUAUGCCCACCGAGGUCUUCUGCUGGGACUUCACUUCCGGAUGAUGUCUUGGAAUUGAUCUUGGUUCGGCUUCCUUUUGCUUCUCUGAUGGCUGCUCGAUGUGUUUGCAAGAAGUGGAGAAAUUUGACAACCACACCGCAUUUCAUGCAGAUGAGAUGCGAAAGCACCCAUAAGAGCUCAUGGUUGUUCCUGUUUGGCAUCAAAAGGUAUGGGUUUGAUGCUGGGGAAAUUCAUGCUUUGGAUGUCUCAUCGGACCGGUGGCACAGAAUUAGCAACGAUAUGCUGAAGGAAAGACUUCUGUUUUCAGUUGCGAAUGUUGGGACUGAUGUUUAUAUUGUCGGUGGCUGCUCGAGCUUAUCUAGUCACUCUUUGUCCAUGGAGAGAAGGAUCCACAAAGAGGUGUUGGUCUUCAGCCCCAUAACAGGCUCAUGGCGCAAUGCUGCGUCGAUGAGAUCAGCAAGGUUGAGACCUGUUCUGGGAGUAUUUGAAGUCAGUGCUGGCUGCAGCCUGUUUCAUACUCAACCUGAUCGCUGCGAUCGGUUUCCUCUUAAUUCUCGGAUGGGUGGGGUUUCAGAGGUCUAUGAGGAUCCUCACAGGUUUUCAGUUAGGCGCAGACUGAGGAAUGCUUUCUAUGAAGAUGAUAAUCCAUGGGAGCCCAAAGAGAAACCAUCAAAGUUCAUCCGACGAAAGAUGAAUAAGCAACCGAGGUUUGCUCUGAUUGCUGUGGGUGGUCAUGGGCCUUGGGAUGAGCAUCUUGAGUCUGGAGAAGCCUAUGAUCCUCUGACCGAUGAAUGGGUGGAGAUUGCGACAUUGCCACGAGAUUUUGGGGUUGUUUGCUCUGGUGCAGUUUGUGGUGGAAUGUUUUAUGUAUAUUCUGAUGCAGACAGACUUGCAGGCUAUGAUCUUGAGAAGGGCUUCUGGAUUGCCAUUCAGACAUUGAGCACGCCUCCCCGUCUUCGUGAGUACCAUCCGAUGCUCCUGUCUUGCAGGAGCCGGUUGUUCGUAUUCUGUGUGUCGUGGUGCGAAAGAGAUGGGCAGCUCAACAGGAGGGAGAAAGCUGUGAGGAAGCUCUGGGAGCUGCAUUUUCCAUCGCAAAAAUGGAACGAGGUCUCGAGACAUCCAGAUGCUCCCAUGGACUGGAAUGCUGUAUUCAUAUCCCAUGAGAACAAGAUUUAUGGGUUGGAAAUGUUCAGUAUAUUUGGUCAGGUGCUGGAUUUUUUAACUGCUUGCCAGGUUUCUGACACUGAACUCGAAUGGAAACGGAUAUCAGGGAAGCAUGCAGCACAUGAAGCAGAUGCUUCCUCAUGCACAACAAAGUCAAUGGUGGUACUACAUCUGUAGUGUUUAUCUAAGAAGUUGUUGUCAUUCUUUCCAUGUUUUCUUUGUUGGGUAUAAUUUUCUUGCUACUGAUUCAAGUAGCAUAGUUUGAUUUCAUGCGUAAAGCUCUGUGUAGUGUAGGCAAAUGGUCAGGGUUGAAAUCAUUUUCAAGUCUGUAAGUUUUGCUAAAUUACGAACGAAAGGUUUGGUUUAUUCUUGAUUGCUUUAAAAAAGUUUCAGUUUGCUUGUUA